UCCCAGUUAGUAGCUCACCGAGAAAUAAUGUUGUCGAAAGUAGUUCCCUUCUUCUUGGUAAUUGGCACCGCCUUGGCCAUGAUGCCAGUGAAGCCCCAGGUCAGCGCCGAUCGCAGCUUGGUGGACUUUAUGCUGCAGAACAAUGCCCGUGGAGUGGGCAUUGGCGACCCCGCACUGAAGCAGUAUUGCUUCAACCGGUACCUGCCGAUCCUGAAGGAUGUUUCGGACCAGUACGAGGCCGACUACAACAAGUGUGCGAGCACCUACCAGGCGGAGUGUGAUGGAAUCGACGCCAAAUACUACGAGCCUCGUGAAAACAGUGCCAGGACCGCCAAGGAAACCUGUGAUGCGCUUCUGAAGUGCGAUAGCAAUGAGAACUACGUUGAUGCCUUUGACUGCUACGCCAGCACGGGCUCCACAUACUCGAAAGUACUGUUCUCUCUGUCCUCGGACGCCAGUGAAUUUGGUGGCAUCAUCAGGGAGCUGUACCGCGCCGCCGAGUCCGUUGCUGAGUUCUGUGUCAACUAUGCCGAGCGCGUCUAUUGGGAAAAUACCGACAAAACCUAUACCGAGCUGCAGAGCUGCCUGGAUGGUGACAUUAACGACUCUACCGUAAAGACCACAAGUACCUCGACCACGACAGUAAAACCCACAACCAAAGCAGCUUUAACGACCUCGACCACCUCAACCAGUGCGUAAUUUGUGAGUCCAUUU